AUGGUUGAAGAUAUAAUUGAACUAUUUCGUGAUGCUGAUCCAUUUAAGACAUGGUGGCCAUUUAUAAUUGCAUUCUUAGUUUUUAUAGUGAUGACAAUAAAGGCUUAUAUGGCAGGUCAAAAUUGUCCAACUGAAAUUACAAUUAAUGAUUCAGUUGUUCUUGUAACUGGUGCUGAUGGCGGUAUUGGAAGAGAAAUUGUCAAAGAAUUGGCUAAACGUGGGGGUCAUAUUAUCAUGUGCUGUAAAAAUUUUGAUAAUGGAGAGAACAUAAAGAAGAAUAUAAUGAAAUGCUUACCAAAAGCACGUAUUGAUGUUCGUCAGCUUGAUUUAUGUUUAUUUGAAAGUGUUACAAAAUUGGUUAAUUCAAUUGAAACGGAUUACAGCAAAAUUGAUGUAAUAAUAAAUAAUGCUGGUGUUACUUUUCAUCCAUUUAAAAAAACUGCAGAUGGAUUCGAGACACAUUUGCAACUGAAUUACUUGAGCCAUUUCUUAUUGUCAUAUCUCUUGAUCCCCAUGCUAAAAAAAUCCAAUCAAGGACGUAUUAUAAACGUUGCAGCACAUGCAUACGCGACAGGAAAAAUGAGUAUUGAUGAUCCUUUAUCAAACUUAUCAACAUUUCAUCCACGAGAUGCGUUUGCUCAUUCAAAAUUAGCAAUUGUAUUAAGCACAAAAAUGUUGGCUAAACUUUUAAAAUCAACACAAAUUACUGUCAACUGCUUGACACCUGGUUUAGUCCGUGGAACCAAUCACAUGAGACAGUCACCAAUCAUGCGAUCCUUUUCAGCAAAAAUUUUAAUGCUUCCUUGGAUGUGGAUUUUUAUGAAAACACCUAAUCUAGGUGCACAAACAGCUAUUUAUCUUGCUACUGAUAAUUCAUUAUCGACCGUUACUGGAGAAUAUUUUAAUGAUUGUGAAAAGUCGGAUGUAGUCGAUAUUGUAAAGGACGAAGAACUUGGAAAUAAACUGUUAACCGAAACCUUGCGUGCUUUGAAACUCGAUGGAGCUAACCUGAAUAGUUCGAUUGAAAAAAUUAAUGACUCAAAGAAAAAAGUUUAAUUUAAGUGUAGUAAACAGCAUGAGUAAUAUUCUUUUUAAAUAAACAUUUCUAAAAUAAAUGGCGUAAAGUCGGU